CCUCUAUUUCCCUCUCUCGAAGUUAAGCUAACCCCAGCUACUAUCAGAUUCCAUGGAUUCCGCUAAUUCGAAUCAAAUACUAUUUGAGCCCUAAUUUCUAAGGUCAUGUGAAUUGAAAGGGGAAAUGGUUUGCAGCUGCAAUGAUGGAGUUAUAUGGGGCUUAUAGCCACAAUCAAAAUGAAUGGCUAUGAUCAGGUUGAGCGGGUUUUGAAUGAUAUUCUUCGUGCAAUCAAUCCCUCAAACGAAGAUUGGACAAUCAGAUUUCAUAUCAUAAAGGAGAUCCAAGAAGUUAUUGGAUCCAUAGAAAGUUUGAGAGGUGCCACUGUUGAGCCAUAUGGAUCGUUUGUGUCCAACCUUUUUACAAAAUGGGGUGAUUUAGAUGUAUCCAUUGAGAUACUAAAUGGUACAUAUAUUUCUUCUCCUGGAAGGAAGCACAAACAAACCUUACUGGCAGAUGUCAUAAAAGCUUUGAGAAGAAAAGGUGGAUUUCGUAGGCUGCAGUUUAUCUCCAAUGCGAGGAUACCAAUUGUGAAGUUUGAGGGGAAGUUCAACAUCUCAUGUGACCUCUCAAUCAACAAUUUAAGUGGGCAAAUGAAGUCAAAAAUUUUAUUUUGGAUCAGUGGGAUCGAUACCCGCUUCCGUGAUCUGGUUCUGCUGGUCAAGGAAUGGGCCAAAACUCACCAUAUCAAUGAUUCAAAAUCUGGGAGUUUGAACUCGUAUUGUCUAAGUCUGCUUGUGCUUUUUCAUUUUCAGACUUUGGAACCUGCUAUAUUACCCCCUCUUGUAGAAAUAUACCCGGGGAAUAUGAUUGACGACCUUACAGGUGUGCGAGAUACUGCGGAAAAAAAUAUCGAAGAAGCUUGUGCUGUAAACAUUACAAAAAUUAGGUCAGAUAGGUCAAGACCGAUCAACCGGAGCUCUUUGCCCGAGCUCUUCUUUUCCUUCCUUACAAAGUUUUCUGAUAUUUGUUCAAGAGCUUCUACACAAGGUAUCAACCCAUUUAUGGGACAUGUGGAGGAUAUUCAUACCAACAUGAGAUGGCUGCCCAAAACCUAUGCAUUAUUUGUUGAAGAUCCCUUUGAACAGCCUGCUAAUACAGCUAGGACUGUCAGCAGCAAACAGUUAAUAAAGAUUGCUGAAGUGAUUCAGGUGACUCGUCAAAUGUUGUUAGAAUAA